UUUAAAUCUUCGUGGACUUGUACUACAAGAAAAUUAAAUUACUUGAAUCAGACAUGUAAUGUCGUCAUUAGUUAUAACUUAUGAGUGAUGAGAGCACUAUUGAUGAUUAUGUUCAUACUCAAACGAAGAAGAGUAACAAUUCUAUUUUUUAUUAUAUAGUUUUUCUUAAGAGUUUUAUAAAUCAAUAAAUUUUACAUAAACACAGUCAUUCAUAUAAUAUCACAAAGGUCAAAGCUGAAGGCUGAAUUUUAACAUUUACACCAAAAAAAGGGGGUCAAAGCUGAACACUGAAACAAAUUACCAAAAGCAUCUAGUCUAAGCCGUAAAAAAACUAUAGCAUCUACUCUUUAAAUAGAUGCAAAACAGCAACACGGAUAAGGACACGAAAAAUAGUAAAAGCGAUCAACGUUUUCUUAAUAUUAGUCAAAACAAAGAUGUUUAAAAAUAGAGAAAAAAUGAGUGCUUAUCCGUGUAACGCCACUAUAUAUAUAUAUAUAUUACACAUCUUCCCUCUUGGUUAUCUACGGAUUACUUCUAAAUUUAAAAGAACUAUAGAAGAAGGCCAUUACAAAUAAUCAACACAAUGAAUCGUCUCUCGUGUUUUCUUCUCACUAUUGGAUUGUGCAUAGGUUUGAGUAACGCAAAGUGGAAUGAAAAAAACUCCGUGCACUUUAAGAACUCUCUUGGUCGAAACAAUAUCUUGAAGAUUAAUUGUAUAUCUAACGACGACGAUCUAGGCUUCCACUAUCUACGGCCUGGAGAAACCUAUGAAUUCAGUUUUCAUGACAGUGUUAUUAAAACAGAAUUCUUUUGUGACCUAUGGCAAGGGCCAAAUUUUAAGUUCCAUGCAGGGUUCACCGGAUAUGAAGGUGGUGGUCUUAUAGUUCAUUACGGUAAAAAGAACUUUUGGGAUGCUAGAGAAGAUGGAAUUUACUUCACACAUGGCCAAAAAAUGCCCAAGUUAGAGUAUACGUGGAAAUGAUAACUGAUAAGUUGCUCAUUUUGUUUUAAGUUUAACAAAAAUAAUUUAUUUAUUGUGUAUUGUGGAAAGGAAACCUUUGUAACAAAUAAUAAAAAGCACAUUUAUAAUAUAAAUUUAACUUAUUAUAUAAGUGAAAAACUGUGUAUAAAUAAUAUUGACUUUCUUAACAUUGAAUACCACGAUUUAUACCUAAGCAUAAACUAAUUUAAUACUUGUAUCUACAAGCAUGUGAGAGCAUCAUUAUCACAUGAUUUCUCUAUAGGGUAUUUCAAAUAAUUUACUAAUAAUAUAAUUUAAUUACUUAAGUUAAAUUUUAUUAAAAAAAUAAUUUAUUUUAAAAAUAAAUAAAUCUACUCAUUAAAUGACACAUAAUAUGUGAAUAUUUCAGAAUUUCUGUAAAUAUUCUUCCAGAAGAAAAAACUGACGUUCACUUUCUAAUUUUUCUAUUAUUAUUACUAGGUUAAGAAUCCGUGCAAUAUUGCACAAAAAUCAUUUAUAAAAAUAAUUAUACCACACUUUAUAACUUAUAUUUUAUAUAAAAUAUCUUAAUUUUACUUUUAAAAAAAUUACUGUGUCAUAACGUAGAUUACAAUAUAAACUUGUGUAGAGGUUUGUUCGGAGCCUGGAAAUGCAAUAAAUUUCGUUAAUGUCACUAUUCAAAGUGACUAAAUCACAAACUUUGUUGUCAUGAACCUUGUUUUGACGCAUCUGAUUUUUACUAUGAAUUCGGUGUCACCUUAUCUUAGAUUUCUCUCUACUCUGCUAUCUUUUAUGCUUUGUUGUAUUAUGUUUGUAGAGUUUUGUAUAAC